AUGUCACCAACUACAUUUGAAGAACUGGUUAUUUUAUUGGGCCCAUAUCUACAAAGAAUUCACUCAAGACCUGAUAUUCUAUCAGUUGGAGAAAUUUUAGCAGCUACGUUAAGAUAUUUAGCUGCUGGUGAAAGCAUGACUGACAUAAUGUUUAAUUUUCGAAUUGGCAAAUCCACGGUUUCAAAAAUAAUUUUAGAAUGCUGCAAUUGUUUGUGGGAUGUAUUAUACAAAGAUGCAUUAUUUACACCCACUGAAGAAGGAUGGAAAAAAUUGUCCAAAGAGUUUUUUGAUAAAUGGCAAAUGCCCAAUUGUGUAGGAGCUUUAGAUGGAAAACAUGUUGUACAUCAAGCAUUUCAAAAUAGUGGUUCCAUCAACUACAAUUAUAAAGGCACACAUAGUACCAUUCUUUUGGCACUAUGUGAUGCCAAUUAUAAUUUUACGUGUGUUGAUAUUGGAAUGCCAGGCAGGUGUAGUGAUGGGGGAGUUUUGAGGGCGUCUGAAAUGGGUAGAAGGAUACUACAGAAUGAUUUUAAUUUUCCUGAAGCUUCACCUAUAAGUGAACAUUUUAAAGACUGCCCUUAUUUCAUUGUGGCAGAUGAAGCUUUUCCACUCUUACCAAAUGUAAUGAGACCAUAUCCCGGACGAGGAAAUAAAAAUCUACCUUUGAAAUCUACCAUUUUCAACUAUAGAUUGAGCCGAGCAAGAAGAUGCAUAGAAAAUUGCUUUGGAAUAUUGGUAUCAAGGUGGCGUAUAUACAGAAGAGUGAUUAUUGCUUCUGAGCCAACUGUGAUGAGUAUCAUCAAAGCAACUGUAGUAAGGAGAAAAUACGCGGGGGACAAAUUAGUUGUAUAA